UUCAUUCCUCUCUGUUUUUCCCGCUUUCGCGCGGUGGUUCUUGCUCUUCCGGUGGUGGGUUUUUGCCGGAUUUUCCUCCGGUGGAGGCUGAGAAGAACAGCAUGACGGUUGGUGCUGGAAUCACUUUGUCCAAUGGGGAUUUGACGGUGUUGGGAAAUCCUGUUUUGUCUGAUGUUCAUACUAAUAUCACUGUCUCGCCGGCGCCUGGCGGCGGCGUGACGAACGGCGCCUUCAUCGGAGUUCAGUCUGAUCAUGUUGGUUGCCGGAGAGUUUUCCCUGUUGGGAAGCUUAUUGGGUUGAGAUUCAUGUGUGGUUUUCGAUUCAAAUUGUGGUGGAUGACUCAAAGAAUGGGGAAUUCCGGCAAGGAAAUUCCGGUCGAGACUCAGUUUCUGGUGGUCGAAGUAUGUAACGGCUCUAAUGUCGCCGGAAAUAAAGAGGAGGGAGCCGCCGUGUACACUGUGUUUCUUCCUAUUCUUGAAGGCGAUUUCAGAGCUGUUCUUCAGGGAAAUGAGAAUAAUGAGCUUGAAAUCUGCUUGGAAAGUGGAGAUCCUGCUGUAGAUGGGUUCGAGGGUAGCCAUUUAGUCUUUGUGGCUGCAGGAUCAGACCCAUUUGAUACCAUUACAUAUGCAGUGAAGUCUGUUGAGAAUCAUUUGCAAACUUUUGCUCAUCGUGAGCGGAAGAAGGUGCCUGAUAUUUUGAACUGGUUCGGCUGGUGCACAUGGAAUGCUUUCUACACCGAGGUCGACUUGGACGGGGUGAAGCAUGGGCUCGAGAGCUUAGAGAAAGGGGGAAUUCCUCCCAAGUUUGUGAUUAUUGAUGAUGGAUGGCAAUCAGUUAGCAAGGAUGCUACUAGCACUGAUUGCAAAGAUGAUAACCAGACUAUCUUUGAAGACAGGUUAACGAACAUAAAAGAGAAUUACAAGUUUCAGAAAGAUGGUAAAAAGGGCGAGCGAAUUGAGAAUCCCGAGCUCGGUCUCCAGCAUAUCGUGUCGUACUUGAAAGAGAAGCACGCAACGAAGUAUGUCUAUGUUUGGCAUGCCAUGGCAGGCUACUGGGGUGGUGUGAGUUCUGAAGUUAAAGAGAUGGAACGAUACGAGCCUAAGCUUGCAUAUCCCGUUGCGUCUCCUGGGGUCGAGUCGAGCGAGCCGUGUGAUGCUUUGAAUAGCAUCACGAAAACUGGACUUGGUCUUGUGAAUCCUGAAAAAGUUUUUGAUUUCUACAAUGAACAGCACUCUUAUCUUGCAUCUGCUGGUGUCGACGGAGUUAAGGUCGAUGCUCAAAGCAUUCUCGAGACGCUCGGGGCAGGCCAUGGUGGAAGAGUUAAACUUACUAGAAAGUAUCACCAGGCGCUCGAGGCAUCGGUUUCCCGAAACUUUCGUGAUAACGGGAUCAUUUCGAGCAUGAGUCACAAUACCGACGGUUUAUACAGUUCGAAACAGAACGCUGUUAUCCGAGCGUCGGACGAUUUCUGGCCGAGAGAUCCGGCAACUCACACGACCCACAUAGCAUCAGUUGCUUACAAUUCCCUAUUUCUUGGAGAGUUUAUGCAGCCAGAUUGGGAUAUGUUCCAUAGUGUUCAUCCUAUGGCGGAGUAUCACGGAGCAGCCCGUGCCGUGGGAGGCUGUGCUAUAUAUGUCAGCGACAAACCCGGUCAACACGACUUCAAUCUUUUGAAGAAGCUCGUGCUCCCUGAUGGCUCUGUUCUGAGAGCUAAGCUCCCCGGACGACCGACGAAGGAUUGCCUAUUUACGGAUCCUGCUCGAGAUGGAAAAAGUCUAUUGAAGAUUUGGAAUUUGAAUGAUCAUUCCGGAGUUGUUGGAGUGUUUAAUUGUCAAGGAGCGGGAUGGUGCAAGUACGAAAAGAAGAACCUCAUUCACGACGUAAAUCCCAACACGAUCACGGGGGUUAUUCGAGCAAAAGAUGUUAGUUAUCUAUUGAAGAUUGCAGGCGAUUCUUCGACCGAGGAUGCCGUGAUAUUCUCCCAUCUUCGAGGAGAAUUUGUCUACCUACCAUGGGAUGCAUCGAUGCCGAUAACCUUAAAACCUCGGGAAUACGAUGUCUUCACCGUUGUUCCUGUCAAGGAACUGGCCAAUGGUGUCAAGUUUGCUCCCAUAGGUUUAAUCAAGAUGUUCAACUCGGGCGGAGCUGUGAAAGAAUUGAACCAUCGACCUGGAAGUUCGAAUGUAUCAUUGAAAGUUCGCGGUUCGGGGCCAUUCGGGGCGUAUUCCUCGAGCAAACCAAAGCGGGUGGCGGUCGACUCGGAGGAUGUAGAGUUCAUAUUUGAUGAGGGGACUGGUUUGAUCACUGUUCACUUGAGGGUGCCAGAGAAAGAGUUGUAUCUUUGGGACAUUGGCAUUGAACUAUGAGAACAGAUUUCAUGAGGAUCUUUUUUUUUUUUUUUUUUUUUUUUUUAAUGGGAAUAAUUCUACGUCUAAUCGGUGUAACAACCUAAGUUUACUUCUAGCAGAUAUUGUCCGUCACUUUUACCUUGAGUUAUAAACGUUUAUACGGGCUGUUUGGGUCACUGAGUUGAGUUAUGAAGUAUGGAGUUAAUAA